AUGAGUACUUUAGUAAGACACGCAGUCUUUGUCUCGCUCUGUCACUUGGCUACUCUCGAAGGCCUCUGUGAACAGCUGAGCUGCUACUUUGAUUUGUUUGACGACAACAGUCGUACUAUAGGACAGUGGCUCAACGAAUCUUCGCUACCGCGUUCUACCCUGCUAUCUUACAUGGAUCGGUCUCUUGAACCAGAUCCAAUGAGACAGUUCUUUCUCGGAGAAAGCCUACUUGAGAUGUUUCGCGUGGCAGAAGAAUCGCAGCCUGCUUGUUCCACAGAGGAGCCCGCUGCCUUACAAUCCCUCAAGACAUUCACCUUAUUCCCGAAUCUACCAGUCGAGCUAAGGCUGAAGAUCUGGAAGCACGCGCUCCCCACCUCCCAAAUCAUUGAAGUCCACACACCCCACCCUGAUAUCCUAACUCGACUCUCCAACCCCGCCGUGCCAAGCACGCUCCUUCCAGUCCUCCAGAGCUGCCGCGAGGCACGCGAUCUGAUCACCAGCAUCUACGAACGCGCCCCCUUGAGCAGCCUCGCCUUCACUAUCCCUCAGACAACCGACAUGCUCAUCGAUUUCAAAACUGACAUCCUGUACCUCCCGGGCCCAGCUAGCACCUGGAUGACAUUCCGCAUUAGCAAUCCUGCACGCAACGCGCAGCUCGCACGCUUCCAGACUGUGGCGUUCACGGCCCUGAACUUCAAAUUCUGGUUCACUAUGCAGAAGCGCGAAUUGCAGACUUCUUGGCUCCCGCGACUCCAAGGCUUGAAGACUCUCUUGCUAGUCGGAAGAGAGAGAGGUGAUAAGCAUGGUACCGAGCUGGCGUUCCAGGCUUGUGAGGGGGAGGAGUGUAAGUGGCAGCAGACAUUGCGGAAGCUAUGGGAGGACGACAUGAAGACGCAUGAGGAUAUGGAGAGGUUCCGGGAUGUGAAAUUGGUUUUUGUACAGCCGAUUCGAGAGGGGAAGUUGGUCACUGGCAGAACUUUCUUGGACUGA